AUGCACCGACGCAUGGCUGAGUCUGAUUUCUCAGUCAGGGAACUGUACAGCACCCUUACAGAUGAGGAAUUGGACCAGUGUGUGAGAGACAUUAAAUCCAGGCAGCCUCACUCUGGAUAUCGAAUGAUGAAAGCACUUCUCCAAGCUCAAGGACUGCGGGUGCAGUAUGACCGGAUAAUGUAUCUUGGUGCAGCAUCCAACAACCUCGCGUCAACCAACCUGGCCUUCUUCCAAGAAUCUGUCGAGAAGUUUGGUUUCCCUCUUAGGGUACGAGCUGAUCAGGGGGUGGAAAAUGUGGACAUUGCACGUCUCAUGUUUACAGUCCGUGGCACUGGAAGGGGCAGCUUUAUAUCCGGCAAGAGUGUUCACAACCAACGGAUAGAGAGACUAUGGAGAGACAUGUGGACAGCUGUUACAGUCAUCUACUAUGAUGCUCUACACUACCUCGAAGAAGAGGGUUUCCUCAACAUUGGCAAUGCUACACACCUCUUCUGUUGCCAUUAUGUGUUCCUGCCACGGCUACAAGAUGACCUGGACACAUUCCGCAGUGGCUGGGCAAAUCAUCCUAUAAGAACAGAAGGCCAUAUGACCCCAAAUCAGCUGUGGGAGCUGGGACGAAUCCAUCACCCAAUUCCAGUUUCUGAUAACAUGGAGGGUGUGGAUAUUCCUCAGAUUGAGUGGGAGAACAGUGGAUUUGCUCCUGAUGGCCACUCUAGUGUCAUUGUCCCAGACACAGAGAGCCCACUGACUGAUGGACAAAUGGCUUCUUUAAGAGAAGCUGUUGACCCACGAGCUGCAUCCCAGUCCUUUGGCUCUGAUAUCUACAUUGCUGCUGUUCAAUUUUUCAUCGUCCUCAUCAUCAUCAUCAUCACGAGGCCAGGUGAUGCGCUGAAGAAUGACCUACAUUGA